GGCUGUCGCUGUCACUGUCAUUAUUUGCGUUUUUGUUGAGUGAGAUUUCCGCAGGACAAAACGUCUAUCUUUAUGGCUGUUAUUUUAAGCUACUGUAGUAAUUAAGUGAAGUGAUAGUAACUGCAAUAGAAAUAAGUGAAAACUACUGGGUUUGUACGCGUUCGAAGAACGGUAAGACUGCUUAUUGGAAAUACGUGUCAGCGGUGACAGCAGAUGUCUAACAUAAUCCCUCCACUGUUGAGUAGUUCGCCACCCCCAAUUGGGAAUAUCGAGGAUGAUGAUGAUGAAUUUGGGGAUUUCACUAAUGGUGUUGAACACACAUAUGGCUGUGAUGCAACUUUAUCAGUUCCAACUACACCAACAAAAAUCCCAUUGGAUGAUAAUAGCUUAUACAUAAAUGAGACUUUGGAUAAUAAUGAAAUGCCAAAUAUGACUGUGCCAAUGAGUGAAGAACUGGAAAAUGUAAUUCCUAGUGUAAUGCCACCAAUGACUGAAGUACCUGAACUAUCAAAAGCAGAUAAUUUGAAAAUGGAACCAGUCAAUUUGGUGGUCAUUGAAAAUGUGCCUUCUACUGUAACUCUGGAUGUAUAUUAUGAAGAGCCACCAGAACUGCCUGAUGUUAUUGAAGAUAAGUGCAAUGAUUUUGGUGAUUUUGAAUGUAACACUAUUCCAGUACUGGAAGAUGAAAUUGAUGAGGAUGUUGAUGAUAUUUUUGUUAUUGAAGCUGAAGACCAAUUGGUUGAAAGCUUACCAAGUUUAACAGAAUUUGGUAAUAGUAGAACAGAUAAUAUUAACAAAGAGUUAACAGUAGAAAAUGGAAAGUUUGCUAAUUUUAGCAAUUCUUGUGAUAAUACAGAAAGCGCAUUUGGUCAUUUAGAUUCCGAAAUAGAUGUAGGCAAUUUUUCUUCUUUAGAAGUGACAUCUAAUAACACUGAGAAUUCGAAUUGUAUUGAUUUUGAUAAUCAUAAAAAUGAUUGCAAUGUUGUUUCAACAGACAUAAAAUCUGAAAAUUUAAAAGAAGAUAUUGAUUUUGGAAGUUUUUCAAUAGAUUCAAAACCAGAAUGUAUUAACAUUGAAACCAUUGCAAAUGAAGAAAGUUUUAGUGAUUUUCCAUCUACAGAUUUUAAGUCUAAACAAUUUAAUAAUUUAAGAGAGGAUGUUUGCAGUGAUGACGAUUUUGGAGAUUUUGCUUCUACUGAGUUGCAAAACCAUAAAAACAUAGAUGAGACUGUAGCAAAUGAUGAUUUUUGCAAUUUUGCGUCAACAGAUUUCAAGUCUGAAAAUGUUAAGGGCCCACCAGAAACAGAUGAAGAUCAUUUUGGUGAUUUUGCCUCUACAGACAAUCUUGGUGACAAUGAAAAUAAUUUUGGAAAAUUUAAUACGGAGAAUUUAUGGGAAACAGUUCAACAAUCAACGCAGAAUGAAGACGAUGAUGAAUUUGGUGAUUUUGAUGAUUUUACCACAGCUUCAACUGCCGCUGUAAUUUUGAUGAAUUCUGAUGACGUUUAUACGAAAUCCAAGAGUAUUUUAGAACUAAUGUUUCAACCACUUGAUAUAGUGACGGAUGAUUUCAAUUGUUGUGAUUUUAAGCUAAACAGUAUUUUCAAUGAAAUUAAAGAUGUUACAGACACAAAUGCUUUAACAUACCAAUGGGCGAAAUCGUCCACACAAAAAGGAUUAUUGAAAGCUUUGAAAAUUGAUACUAGAAAUAUAUUGUAUGGUCACUGUCGGAAUUCAUCUAUGCCAAACUUUGCUGCGAAUUUAGGCUCAUCUCCAUUGGAGCCCAUCAAGUCAGAAACAACAUUGCAGCCGAUUCCGUCCCCAACGAUACUUCCAGUGGUCGCAAACAGUGAUACCAAUAUACCUUCGGCACAAUUUGAUUGGAACGAAUCCGGACUUGCGAAUCCUCUUGAUUCUUCAGCAACAAUGUUGUUAGAUCUUGAACAACUUGUAGCCUCUCUUGAAUUAACUACCUCAACUUUUACAAAUAAUGAUUUAAACACUAACACCUCUGACCUAGCAUUGGACGAUUGGAAUUUAUGGUUGGAAUCGGUGAAAAAUAACGAAGAUAAAAGUGAGACAGUUUUAAAGCCAAUUGCUUCCGGUACCGUAAAGAAGCAGUUCGAUACGGAAUCGGUAAACAGUUUACAGUUCUGUGAAGUUCCCAUCGAAAAUGAAGACAACAAAUCUAUUGAUGAUUUCGACGUAUUCUCAUCGUUUCAAUUAAAUAGUAGUAAUGCCGAACCAAAAUUAGAUAUCGAUAAGAGAAUUGAGAGCAAUGAUUAUCAAAGUUGGCCUAAAAACAUGGUACCCUUGAGGGAAACCUAUAUCACUAAUACUGAUAGCAGAAAGAUUGAAAGUGAAGAGCCUGGGUGGCUCAAACCAACAAUAUUAACGCCAGUGCUCCCUCGGAAAGAUAAUGAAAUUAAUGAUUUCCAUGAUUUCGUGAGCAAUCAAAUCACUAAACCAAAAGAAGAUAUGGGAAUUGAUGAUUUUGUGAGCAAUCACAUCACUAAACCAAAAGAAGAUAGUGGAAUGGAUGAUUUCGAUGAUUUUGCUAGUUAUCAAGUUAGCGAUGUACCUGGUGUAAAAUCAUUACAGGUUAUAGACAGUAUUGUGGAAUAUAACAAAGUAUUUAAUAAUGAAACUGCAAUUAGCAAUGAUAAUAUAGUAGAUGACUUUUCGAGUUUUCAAAACUUUGAGAAACCUUCAAUUUCAUCCAACGUUCAAAGCAAUCAAUUGGGUAAAAUAGUUGAAUGUCCAAUUGAACAACGGACUGAAAAAGACAACUUAAGCCUACAAAAAUGCAACAAUUUACGAGCUACAGAUCAUAAUACUUUCCAAAAUAAUGUAUCCACGGUUCCGGUUAUUCAACCUAGUAUAUUACAACCAACUCCUACCUAUAAAACUCAAUUAACCGAAAUCAAUUGGCCAGAUCCUGGAAUAUCUAAUGAUGAAAUGGCUAGGUUUGAGAUGUAUUCGAAAAGUGCAAGAAAUGAACAGCAACCUGUUGUUAAAAAGCAGGAUACCGUCAGGAAAUUGAGCGGAACUGCAGGAUCGAUGCUGGUAGAAAAGUCAAUUGUUGUUCCUGCAAACAAAGUAGUGUUGCCUUCGAGAGAAGUGCUUCUACCUCCAAACGAUAAAGUUGUGAUUUCAAAAGAUUUGGUGCUGCCAAUAUUAGAUAGUUCGCCGCGAAAGUAUAUGCCUCAUAAACCAGUGGUUAAGAAAAUCGAAGAAGACGAUUGGAGCGAUUUCGUUUCUGGCCAAACGGAAAGAACCGCUACUCCAGAAUUAUCUCUUUCUAUACCGCAAUUGAGCAACAUUCAACCUCCCAAACUGCCGAUUCCAGUUAUAACACCGCAAGGUUUAAUGCAGACAAAAAUUCCAUCGCAUUCGAUUACCCAAAAACAUGCUCCACUUCUUAGCAACCUCUCGUAUAACGGUUCGAACUAUCAACCUUCGAUCAUAAGUAACCAAUUUGCUAUGCAAUUGAAUCAAAACUCACUCAACACGCCUUAUCAGACUACGAGCAUUCCAGCAAACGCACCUCACCAAAAUGGCUUCAAAGAUGAUUCAGAUGAAUGGUCCGAUUUUGUAUCUGCUCCAAACAAUAAUGCUUUUGGAUGGUCUAAACCUCCACAGGUAAGCAACACCGUUCUGACUGCGCCAAAUAUAAUUACUAACCCUGCGCAUUACCAAAACGGAGCAAUGCAGUCGAAAAAAAGUAAUAUUCCAAGCAUAUCAGCAUUGCCAGACUUAGAUUUCAUUGCUCCAAAAAGCAGGUCCUUGAGAAACAAGAAAUGACUAAAGGAGAAUAUAAUUCUGUAAAUACAAACACAACACACAAAGAAAAACUAAAAAAAGAUCACUCCCAUUUCGUAUUGUUUUAAAUAUUUGCGUGAUAUUAACUAUUUAUAUAAACAAAAUUGUUGUACAUAGUUUUUCUUUUCUUUCUUUUUGUGAUAUCUGUAUUAUUUUCACUUGUAAUGUCGCUCCAGAUUUUAUUUAUUUUACUCUAAAAGCAAAUAAAAGUUGACUUUAAAGUAGGUCUAAUGUUAAGUAUGGAAGGUAAGAACAGUAUUCGUUACGUUUGUAUUUUCGAUGUAUGUACUUAAAAAAAGAACUCUUUUUAUCGUCUUGUCCUGUUUGUACAUAUUUAUUCUAGCCUAUUGAGAUUAUAUAACUGUUAAAUUCAUUCCAUUUUAUUUGUAAAUGAUAAGAGGAGAGUUAUAUAAAAC